AUGAGUUCAAAUGACAACAACCAACAACCUACUCCUUUCUCAUAUACUUGCAAUAACAAUCAAAAUUUUCAACAUAAUAAUAAUAACAACGGAACGUAUUCAAGUAUUGCUGCGCAUUCUGCGCCUCAUGUUACUGCGCAGCCUGCUUCUCAUGUCACCAUCUUUGAAUGUUAUUUGCCUUCAAAUGACGGUCGUAUCUAUCAUGUUUUUUAUACCGAAUUAAGUCCGCUUGAAAUCACACAACGAUUAAAUAAUGGAAUUGAUGUAUCACACGUUCCUGAGCAACAUAUUCCACAUCAUAAUCAUAUGCAAUUAUUGAUUCAACAACAGAUUCAACAUUCUCAAGCUUAUCAACAAAAUAACGCUCAAAAUAACACACAACAAACAGACCUCUGCUUCUGGAGGACAGGGUGGUGGAAUAAUCCUCAUUCAGAUUCACAAUUCUUAACGCCCCACGUUGAUAGUAGUGUCUCACUUGAACUUAGUCAAGGAAUUUGCCCGAGGCUGGAAACAGAGCAGGGAAAACUUGCAGCACCGAGUGGCAGUGAGGUAGCACACUUGAGUGAUUGGUUGUUAAAAUUGCUGGAUAAUUCAACUAUACGACGUAUUUCAAGUGGACAAGUUAUCACAAAAGUAGAAGACGUCGUUAAAGAACUUAUCGAGAAUUCCAUCGAUGCUGAAUCAACUUCUAUCGAAGUCAAGUUAGUGGGCGAUGGAUUAACUUCUAUCACCGUCAAAGAUAAUGGUGUGGGAAUUCUAGAAUGCGAUAGACCAGCUAUGGCAUUGAGAAAUCAUACUUCAAAACUUUAUGACUUUGAAGGCUUAAGCAAAGUGGAAACUUAUGGUUUUCGAGGCGAGGCUCUUAAUUCAAUUUGUGCUGUAACUGAGUCAACACAAAUAACUACAAAGACUGAAAAUGAUCCGGUUGCAAUUCUUUACACGCUUGAUCAUUCUGGAAGGAUAUUGCAUGCAAAAUCAUCAGGAUCGAGUCCUGGAACCACAGUUACAGCCAUAAAAUUAUUCUCAAACGUUCCGGUUCGAAGACAAGUCGCAAAAAAAAUUUCUUCCUUGAUUGGGAAAAACGUUCAAAAUCUUUUAAUAAUCUAUGCGUUAGCACAUCCACGUAUAAGAUUUUCGUUAAAACAGACUUAUGAGAAUAAUUCAAAAUUAAAAUUUAAUGAGGGUAAUUGGAUACAACCUGCAAUGAAAAAUACAAUGGAUGCUGUAAUAAAGCUCUUCGGUAAUGAAUUGGCUAAUGAAGUUCAAUUUGGUGUAUGGAGUUCGAAAUCUGAAGAUAUUGAAAACGUUGGAAAUGAUAAUACGGAAGCUCAAUAUAUUAUUACUCUUGAAGCCAUUUUACCGAAACCUGAUGCUGUUUCACAAAUAAUUUUCAAGAAUGGCAAAACUUUUAUUUACGUAAAUAAUCGUCCGGUAACAACAACCAGAGGGGAAAUAAAGAAUCUCGUGUCGAUGGUGAAAUCCGUUUAUAAUGUAAUGGCAUGUCAGAAUGGAUGGACGGGAAAUUCGAAGACACCAUUUAUGUGGAUAAACAUCAAGCUACCAACUUGGGUUUAUGACGUAAAUGUUGAACCAAACAAGAACGUUGCGCUCUUUCAUCAUGGAGAACGUUUAAUUGAGGCCGUUAGUAACUUGUUGGAAAUGUUCUAUGAUCUAAAUAAUCAGCGGGAAGUGCAGAAUACGAACGUUACUAUGGAAGGGGAUCAACCCAUCGAGUCAAUACUUGAUGAGGACACAAAUAGCAAUGGAGAUAUUUAUGUUGAAGAAAUGAAUAUGGAUUCAUUAGAUAGAACGAUUCAAGAGAGUUGUACUCCACCUUCGACAUCAGAAUUUUACAAUAUACGUUCAUCUAAAAGAGAUGACCUAGUGUCGUGUUCGCCUUCACGUUCUGAAUCGUCUUAUAGGCAUAGCCAACGUGUAUCUGGAACCACAACACCAAUUCACGAUCGUGAAAUUGAUGCUUCGCGUAUGAGAAAGAUAUCAUCUAAUAUAAGUAAUGAUAUAAGACAUUAUGUGAGACAAGAAAUUCAUCCAGCUAAAGUUGAUAAAGGUAAACUAAAAAUGUAUGAUGAUGAAGGAUCUAGGGAAAGACAUAACUUUACAAAGAGAUCUGACCGAGUUCAAUAUGUCAACUCGAGUCAUAAAGAUGGAACUAUUGAUAAUUGGUUAAAGAAUUGUCAAACGCAGAAUGUUGAAGUACCAUUUACUCCAACUAAUCUUGAGCCACAAAUAACGAGUCCCGUUAACUAUGAUGAACAAGGAAGGAAUGACAGGUCAGGUGACGUAUCACGAAAUAAUAACACUGAUUCGCUAUCUCAUGAAGAUUCAUUAUUGUCAAGAGAUGGUGUCAAUCAAUCCCCGUCUCAGAACUAUAAUAGAGCGGUGAUUACUCGUAACAAGUUACCGUCUCAAUAUAAUAGGGGGAUUGAAGAUCUUUUAUUAACGCCUCCAAAUGAUAAAUCUGCAGCAAUGCAAAAAGAAGGCCCUGUUAUCCAAGAUCUGAUCAAUCCGUAUAACAAUAAAGGAAUACAAUUAGAGAGUGAUAUAAUUGAUUCUGAUCUUAUGGAUGGUUUGAUAGAUAAAAGAAACAGUAAUGAACGAUUUGCUGAUGAUGAUAUUGCAGAGGUCAUGUGCAAACGUCCAAGAAUUGAUGAUAAUAUGGAAGACGUUCUUGUUUCCGAGACAUCUAGAAACGAUUUUAAUGAAUUUGAAGAUCGUGAUUUCACAGAAGCAUCCUCUAUAAAUAAAGAUAAAAUUGUACAUUCCGAAUCUGAAGUCGAAAUUAAUUCUAAUCGAUUGCAUAACGAUUCUAUUGGAUCAUUAUCAACGUUAACGGACAAUCAACAAAUGCAAGGAAAGGAGACGGGCGUUCGGACUAUUGCAAUAGGAAAACCCACAAUUGAUGAUUUAAUUAAAUCUGGCGCGAUAAAUCUUUCACCUACAAAUGAUAACCGUCUUGCUAUUUCGUUGACCGAUGUUCUUGAUCAAGAAUUGAAAUUGAAGUUUGAUAAGCCAAGGAUCCUGCGAAGGAAUAGGUCAACUUCUAGACUCAAUCAAAUUGGGUAUUCUUUAUCCUAUUUUAACAAAUUAGAUUAUGGAAUGUGGGUUGUAACAAGAAAAUUUAACGAAAAGGUCGUGGAUAUUUUUAUAGUCCAUGGAGAAAGUUUAUUUGACGCUAGAAUACGCGAAUUGGUCACAUUAGAUACAUUGAUAACUUCUACAGAAUUAAAUCCAACUAGGAAAUUACUUAAUCCUAUUGACGUGACAAUAGAGCAACUCGGAUCUGACCGAGCAAUUGAAUGUUUAAAAAGUCUUACAUUUGAUCAAAUACCAGAUGAAAGUGGUGCCGGUAUUUGGUGGAAUAUGAUUACACAAAAAUGUCUUACAGCGAAUGGUGUCAAAGUCAGAUGGAGAGAAGAUAACGGGCAGAUAUAUAUACAACUCACGCAUAUAUCACCACUCGUUCAAUUUGCCACCGUAGUUGAAUAUUUUGCACAUUUAAUGAAACAUCUUUGCAGUUUGAAUAUAGACAGUAAGGAAGAUAUACCAUUUUCAAACACAAGGUCACGUCUGACGAUGCAAAUACUUGCAAGGGAAGCAAGGCAAAUGGUGAAACAUGAGGAUUGGACCAUUAAUAAACGAGAUGAUGAAAUGAAACAACGAGUAAAAGAUGCUACCACGUAUUUGAUGCGUCGAAUGCAAAAUUUCAAACUUAAUGACCUUUCUGUUAUGGGAGAAAAUGAGAAUAAUGACGAAGCAACACCAAUUGCUAUGGUUGAAAAGAAGAAUGAAGAAGAAAUUUGGUAUAAUGAUGAAGUGGUAGUGAAAAUACUGUGGAGAAAUAUUGAAGAGGAGUAUUAA